AUGGAAUCCUCAUUAGCUGCUAUAGCCAACUCCGGCCCCAUCUCCAUCUUCUCAUACUGUGUCUCGUCCAUCUUGAUGACGGUCACCAACAAGUAUGUGUUGUCUGGUUUCUCGUUCAACAUGAACUUCCUCUUGUUGGCUGUCCAGUCCAUCGUGUGUAUUGUCACCAUCGGCUCGUUGAAGUCGUUUGGUGUCAUCACCUACAGACAGUUCAACAAGGAGGAAGCAAGAAAGUGGUCCCCUAUUGCUGUCUUGUUGGUCAUCAUGAUCUACACCUCUUCCAAGGCUUUGCAAUAUUUGUCGAUCCCAGUGUACACCAUUUUCAAGAACUUGACCAUCAUUUUGAUUGCUUACGGUGAAGUCUUGUGGUUCGGUGGUAAGGUCACCACCAUGGCAUUGUCAUCAUUUCUCUUGAUGGUGUUCUCGUCCGUUGUCGCUUGGUACGGUGAUGAGGCCGUUUCCGGUUCUGGUAACGAAUCCUUCAUUGCUUUGUAUUUGGGUUACUUCUGGAUGGCCACCAACUGUUUUGCUUCCGCUGCCUUCGUGUUGAUCAUGAGAAAGAGAAUAAAGUUGACCAACUUCAAGGACUUCGAUACCAUGUACUACAACAACUUGUUGUCCAUUCCUAUCUUGCUUGCUUCUUCUAUUAUCUUUGAAGACUGGUCUGCUGAAAACUUGGCUGUGAACUUUCCAAGUGACAACAGAACAGCCACCAUCGCUGCCAUGGUAUUGUCCGGUGCUUCUUCCGUCGGUAUCUCGUACUGUUCUGCUUGGUGUGUAAGAGUUACAUCUUCCACUACUUACUCUAUGGUCGGUGCCUUGAACAAGUUGCCUAUUGCUCUUUCUGGAUUGGUAUUCUUUCCAGCAGCAGUGAACUUCUGGUCCGUUGCUUCCAUCUUCGUUGGUUUUGCUGCUGGUUUGGUUUAUGCUGUUGCCAAGCAAAGACAACAAAAGGAAAACGUCUCCUUGCCAUCGUCGAAGUAA